AUGUCUGUCUACUCACACGACGAGGAGCAUGACCCUCAGGCGGACGAGCUCCGAGAGACGGCGCUCGUCACGCUGGAGGCGUUGAUCAGCUCCUGCAACCAGCAAAUGCAGCCUUACCUGUCCAACACCACUAGUGCCGCCCUACGAUUCCUCAAAUAUGACCCCAAUGUGGCCGAUACAGAAGAUGAUGAGGAGAUGGGGGGCACACAAGAUGAUGGCAGCGAGGACGAUGCUACGGAAGAUCCCGACCUGGACGACGAGUUCGAAGAUUUCGAAGAAGAGGGUGGCUACAGUGAUGUCGAUGAUAUGAGCUGGAAGGCCCGACGCUGUGCGGCCAAGCUCCUAUACACCGUCAUCUCGAGCUACAGCCGAAACCAGGCACUGGACGACUCCUCCUUGUACCAACAAAUCGCCCCGGCGUUGAUCUCACGGAUGGGAAAAGAGCGGGAGGAAAGUGUCAAGCUGGAGAUCGUCUCCACGUUGACCGCAUUGGUCAGGAAAACGAGCGAAGGAUCGAUGAUCGUUACGUCGAAUGGUUUCCAUGAAGCUGUGGGAGGGUCGAAGAACUCGCGCAAACGCAGACGCCAGGACAGCGAUGCGAGUAUGAUAGACUUCGAGCCGGGCGCGGGAGCCUCUUCGGCCAUUAAUUCACCUGUUGUCCCAUCCUCUCCCAAGAGUGGCCCCCAGGCCGACUUGGCCCGUUCCGUCCCCUUGAUUGUGCAGAGUCUUGUCAAGGUGUGGAAGCAGGCAUCGGUGCCCCUUCGACAGGCCGUCAUUGUUUUGCUGAAGAGUCUUGCACUGGUUCGCUACGGAGGGUUGGCAAAUCACCUCCAGCAGAUCGAAGACCCCAUCGCGGACGCUCUCAAAACCUCUUCUCUCGCAGGUAGCUCGACGGCCCAUUCAGGAGCCGCCGUGAGCGCCGGCACUCUCCAAAUUGAGACGCUGGGUCUCAUUGCAGCCAUUGCGGAAACCCACUUGUCGGAUGCACUGCUCCCAUUCCUUAUCGCCCUCGUCCCGGGAGUUGUGGGGGCCGUGAACGACCGCAACUACAAGGUCAGCAGCGAGGCACUUGGAGCUGUGGAGCAGAUAGUCAAAGCUCUUACCCCGCCGCGUGUAUCUGCCAACGUCUCCGACAUUGCUAGACAACUGGAAAAUCUUUACGAUGUUGUCUAUGCUCGCAUCACCGACACCAGUGCUGAUCUCGAGGUCCGCCAGCGGGCCAUCCAUGUCUUCGGUGUGAUACUGGCACGAACAUCGGGAGAACGAGGCACUCAGUUUCUUUCCUCGGACAGGAGAUCCAAGGGUCUUACGAUUCUGGUGGACCGUAUCAAGAAUGAAACAACUCGUCUCUCUGCUGUCCGCGCCAUUGACGAUGUCGUUGUUCUUUCCAGCCGCACACAAGAUGUGACCAAGGACUGGGUCAAUGAAGUGGCUCUGGAGCUUGGAUCCAAUCUGCGCAAGUCGGAUCGCGCCUUGAGAAGCUCUUGCUUGGAAGCUCUCCGUAGCCUGGCCAUGAACAUCCACACCAAGUCUCAGCUCAACCCAGACACGAUCUCCUCCAUGGAAAACGCCCUUUUGCCUCUUAUCUCCGCUCCCGACUUCCACCUCCUUACCCCAACGCUGAUCAUCAUUGCUAAGCUCAUUCCUGGCAACGCAGAAUUGCUUGUAAAUGAGUCGUUGAUUUCGUCCAUCUGCUCUAUCGUGACCAAGUCCCUCACUGGCACUGUUCUCAAAGCCCUGUUACUGCUCGUCAAGGUCAUUGGCGAAGAGGGUGCCGGAGCCAAGCUGAUGCAAAGCUUGCUGCGGGACGUUGGUAUCACCGGUGACCCCUCCGUUGUCGGAAGGGCUGUUGGCACGCUCCUGGUCCAUGGCGGGCCGAAUCUUGGCGUGACCAUGGAUGACUUCUCCACAGAGCUCCAGACGGCGCAAGAUGAUAGUCGAAAGUGCCUUGCGCUUGCGAUUCUGGGAGAGAUUGGGUUGCGUAUGGGCUCUGCGUGCUCACUCACCCCUGAUGUUUUCAUUGCGCACUUUAGCUCCGCCUCAGACCAUGUCCGAUUGGCGGCUGCGACGGCUCUCGGCAACGCGGGUGCAGGAAAUGUCAAGGCUUACCUGCCUGUCGUUUUAAAGGGGCUGGACAAGUCGAAUUCUCAAAGCUAUUUGCUUCUUCACUCGGUGCGCGAGUUACUCCAGCACCCCGAGGUGGUGCGUCUUGACCUUGCACCAUCCGCCCUCAAGUUGUGGCAAGCGCUUCUGAUCGUUUCCGAGGAGGAGGACAACCGUGCCGUGGGUGCUGAAUGUGUUGGCCGCUUGGCCCUGAUUGACCCUGUUGCCUACAUUCCCCAUUUCCAGAAGUAUCUCUCGAACUCCGACCCGGCUGUCCGUGGCAUUGUCAUCUCAGCCUUCCGCUAUACGCUUGCUGAUUCUAGCGAUGCCUACAACGAUGUUCUGCGACCGUUGAUGGUGCCUCUCUUGAACAGCAUGCUUGAUGACGAAGACCUCGUUAACCACCGGCUUGCCUUGACAACGCUCAACUCGGCGAUUCACAACAAGAUGAACCUUCUCCUCCCCCAUCUGGGCCAGUUGCUUCCCUUGGUGUUGGGUGAUACCAAGAUCAAGCCGGAGCUCAUCCGAGAGGUGCAAAUGGGGCCGUUCAAACACAAGGUGGAUGAUGGGCUUGACUUGCGAAAGAGCGCCUAUGAAACACUCUAUGCGUCGCUUGACACUUCAUUCUUCCGCACCCAUCUCGCCGAUCUGUUUGACCGUGUGAUUGCCGGUAUUGAGGACGAACAAGAUAUUCGAGCCAUCAGCAACCUCAUGACGUCGAAGCUCAUUGUUACUGUUCCCGAGGAAACCGAGCGACGGCUGGAUGCCUUGUCGGAGCGAUACACUAGCGUGCUCUCGUUCAAGCCAAAGGACAACGCAGUUAAGCAGGAGCUAGAGAAGGCACAGGAGGCGUCCCUGGGGAUUCUCAAGAUCACCAAGGAACUGAGCAAAGCUUUCCCGGGCGCCGAGACUUCCAGUGACCUGCACAGGUGGAAGGGAUACAUGGAAUGGGUGCGAAAGACCUUUGGGGCGCAGUUUACGAACCUCGACUCAGAGAUCUAA